AUGUCCGUCCCCGGUCAACUAAGCUUCCCCCAACUGUCCGCUGCGCAACAGAGCGAGGUGGAGGGCCUGCUCGGCUCGUUCGCCGCGCUGUCGGACCCCGAGAAAGACUCGGCCCGUGCUUCGACAACCGAGAAGGUCUUUACUGCCGUAUUUGGAGAGUCGGCUGUAGUGGAAGGGUCUGCCGCGUAUGAAGCGCAUCAUACGCAACCAUGGUCCACCAACUGCUGGCUCUCUCCAAGAGUGAUUCUGAACCCGUGUUCGUCCGUGGAGGUUGCCCAAGCCCUGGCGCUUUGUCGAUCGCUCGGCACCAAAUUCUCCAUUCGCGGUGGAGGACAUCUCCAGAACCCCGGGUUCACCAGUAACGAUGGCGGUGUUGUCAUUUCUAUGAGCAGGUUUACCCAGCUGGUCGUAUCCGAGGACAAGUCGACGGUCGAUGUUGGGCUGGGCCUGCGCUGGUUGGAUGUCUAUAAAGGGCUGGACCCCUAUGGUAUCACGGUUGCGGGCGGUCGAGUUCCUCCUGUUGGGGUCCCAGGCUUGUUGCUUGGAGGAGGUCUUUCUUUCCAGAAUAGCGAAUAUGGGCUGGGGUGCACCAACGUCGUUGAAUAUGAGGUCGUGCUGGCAGAUUCGUCCAUCGUGCGCGCCACUCGCGACACAAACCCCGACUUAUUCUGGGCGCUUAAAGGAGGCGGCUCCAAUUAUGGCGUGGUGACUAAAAUGAUCAUGCGAGCGAUUCCUAACAAAGUCUGGGCGGAGGCGCGCGUCUACGCGACAGCACAGAACGCCCAGCUCAUGGAAGCAUUGAUGGAAUACCACAAGAUCAUUGAGACCGACAAUAAAGCGACUCUGGUAUGGCAUACGCUGAAUCAUGCGACCCUCCUGGUUUUUUUCUAUUGCGCCCCAGUCGAGAACCCCGACGCGUUCAAACCCUUCUACGACGUUCCCUUCCUGCAGACCGUCAUUCCAGGAGGAUGCCGCACGGUUUACGGCAUGGUCCAGGCCACUGCCAAUAUUUUGGCUGCCGAGCAGCAGUGUCAUGACAUGAGAACGAUGUCUAGUUUGCCAUCUUUGGAGGUUUACCAGGCUGCUGAAAAGGCCCGCCUCGAGCAGGUCGAGGCUCUCAAAGACACAGGAGCCGAUCUCACCAUGGUCAUACAGCCAAUGGCGUCCAGCUGCAUCCGCGUUGGGGAAGCGAUGGGAGGCAACCCGAUGGGUUUGAAGGAAGAAAACCAUCAGUGGUUCCUUGUCAUGGCGGAUUAUAAGCAGGUCGAGCAUGAGGAGCGGGUUCGGGAGGGAGUGCGAAAGAUUGUCGAUGCUGCUGAGACGACGGCGAAGAAAAAUGGCACCUAUCUGCCCUACCAAUACGCGAAUUAUGCGUCCCGAGAUCAAGAUCCCUUGGCUAGCUACGGCCCUGAAAAUCUUCAGAAGCUCAAGAACAUUGCGCUCAAGUACGACCCGGAGGGAAUCGGUGCCGAAUGGAUUCAUAGUGGCGAGAUUCAUACACAUCCAUAUGACAAUGCUUCUAUACAUCUUCGCCGUUGUCUAUUAGAUUCUCAACUCGCCAGAGCUGAAUUGCACAGAACUCCCCUUCAGCGUCAGCGUCUCGAUCUUCCGCUCCCCGUCCCCACUAAGCCUGACAGAAAGUCCAAUAUCGCUCCGACGGCCCAUCUCCACUCCCUGCACGACAUGGUAGUCGAAGACGGUCUUCGAGGGGUCCGACGAAGUCAAACUCAGAUAAGCCACCAACCCGCUGGCCGCACUGCCAGUGGCGGGGUCUUCUUCGUUUCGCAGGACCAUGCGCGACCGGAUCACCGUCUUCCCGGUCACCUCAUCCUGAACAUUGGGAACAUGGAAAUAGAGCAGCAGGAGGCCGGGUCCUUCCCAGCCGUCAUCGAGAUAGCCCCCCUUGGACGCGGCGUUACAUGGCACAUCCUCGCCGCCCACGGGAGGCUCAACGGCCGCCAACGCUUCCAGGCUGGGCAGCUGGACGUGCACCUGGCUCAUGCCCUUGACCACGGAAAUAAUGGGGAAAUCCCCGUCGGUGGGCAGGAACUUCGCGAGCGAUGGAUGCAGCCGCACAAGCUCGGACAGCGGGAAUCGCGCGGCGUGGAUAUGCACGUUAUGGGCGAUAUCGGCCGCCACCACGCCCGGAGAGGAAGGAACCUGCGAUAUGGCGAUCGGUCCGGACUUGGUGAUGAGGGUGGUUACAUUGCGAUCCUGCUCGUCGGGCGAUAG